AUGACUCUCAGGUGGUGCAUUCUCAGCAACGCAACCUCCAACAACAACAACAACUGUAGAGCCUACAACAACAACAGCAGGUCCGACUUCUACAACUGUAGAGCCUACAAUAACAACAGCAGGUCCAACUUCUACAACUGUAGAGCCUACAACAACAACAGCAGGUCCGACUUCUACAACUGUAGAGCCUACAACAACAACAGCAGGUCCGACUUCUACAACUGUAGAGCCUACAACAACAACAGCAGGUCCGACUUCUACAACUAUAGAGCCUACAACAACAGCAGGGCCGACUUCUACAACUGUAGAGCCUACAACAACAACAACAGCAGGUCCAACUUCUACAACUAUAGAGCCUACAACAACAACAACAGCAGGGCCAACUUCUACUACUGUAGAGCCUACAACAACAACAGCAGGUCCGACUUCUACAACUGUAGAGCAUACAACAACAGCAACAGCAGGGCCAACUUCUACUGUAGAGCCUACAACAACAACAGCAGGUCCGACUUCUACAACUGUAGAGCCUACAACAACAACAGCAGGUCUGACUUCUACAACUGUAGAACCUACAAUAACAACAGCAGGUCCAACUUCUACAACUGUAGAGCCUACAACAACAACAGCAGGUCCGACUUCUACAACUGUAGAACCUACAACAACAACAGCAGGUCCGACUUCUACAACUGUAGAGCCUACAACAACAACAGCAGGUCCGACUUCUACAACUGUAGAGCCUACAACAACAACAGCAGGUCCGACUUCUACAACUGUAGAGCCUAUAACAACAACAGCAGGUCUGACUUCUACAACUGUAGAGCCUACAACAACAACAGCAGGGCCGACUUCUACAACUGUAGAGCCUACAACAACAACAACAGCAGGUCCAACUUCUACAACUAUAGAGCCUACUACAACAACAACAACAGCAAGGCCAACUUCUACUACUGUAGAGCCUACAACAACAACAGCAGGUCCGACUUCUACAACUGUAGAGCCUACAACAACAACAACAACAGCAGGGCCAACUUCUACUGUAGAGCCUACAACAACAACAGCAGGUCCGACUUCUACAACUGUAGAGCCUACAACAACAACAGCAGGGCCGACUUCCACAACUGUAGAGCCUACAACAACAACAGCAGGGCCAACUUCUACUACUGUAGAGCCUACAACAACAACAGCAGGUCCGACUUCUACUACUGUAGAGCCUACAACAACAACAGCAGGGCCGACUUCCACAACUGUAGAGCCUACAACAACAACAGCAGGGCCGACUUCUACAACUAUAGAGCCUACAACAACAACAGCAGGGCCAACUUCUACUACUGUAGAGCCUACAACAACAACAGCAGGUCCGACUUCUACUACUGUAGAGCCUACAACAACAACAGCAGGGCCGACUUCCACAACUGUAGAGCCUACAACAACAACAGCAGGGCCAACUUCUACAACUAUAGAGCCUACAACAACAACAGCAGGGCCAACGUCUACUACUGUAGAGCCUACAACAACAACAGAAGGUCCGGCUUCUACUACUGUAGAGCCUACAACAACAACAGCAGGUCCGACUUCUACAACUGUAGAGCCUACAACAACAACAACAACAGCAGGGCCAACUUCUACUGUAGAGCCUACAACAACAACAGCAGGUCCGACUUCUACAACUGUAGAGCCUACAACAACAACAGCAGGGCCGACUUCCACAACUGUAGAGCCUACAACAACAACAGCAGGGCCGACUUCUACAACUAUAGAGCCUACAACAACAACAGCAGGGCCAACUUCUACUACUGUAGAGCCUACAACAACAACAGCAGGUCCGACUUCUACUACUGUAGAGCCUACAACAACAACAGCAGGGCCGACUUCCACAACUGUAGAGCCUACAACAACAACAGCAGGGCCAACUUCUACAACUAUAGAGCCUACAACAACAACAGCAGGGCCAACGUCUACUACUGUAGAGCCUACAACAACAACAGAAGGUCCGGCUUCUACAACUGUAGAGCGUACAACAACAACAGCAGGUCCGACUUCUACAACUGUAGAGCCUACAACAACAACAGCUGGGCCGACUUCUACAACUAUAGAGCCUACAACAACAACAGCAGGGCCAACUUCUACUACUGUAGAGCCUACAACAACAACAGAAGGUCCGGCUUCUACAACUGUAGAGCGUACUACAACAACAGCAGGUCCGACUUCUACAACUGUAGAGCCUACAACAACAACAGCAGGGCCGACUUCUACAACUGUAGAGCCUACAACAACAGUAGGUCCAACUUCUACAACUUUAGAGCCUACAACAACAACAGCAGGUCCGACUUCUACUACUGUAGAGCCUACAACAACAACACCAUUUCUUACAACCACAAAGCUUCCAGACCCUUGUGAGGGAAACCCAUGUGGCGAUGGGAGCACCUGUGUGCCUCGUUUCAAUCAAAGCUUUGCAUGCUUGUGCUUGGCUGGUGAGAACUACAAUAAUGACAGCAGAAGAUGUGAGAGUGCCAAAGUUUUCCCUGGACAACUAACC